CCCAGCUCCAUUUCUUAUACUCAUCGGAAAGCAUCUGCAUACCCUCAGUCCUUAGCUUCACUUGGUUGCUGUAGACUAUGAUGACGACAGGCGAAAGCAGUCAAGUAUCGAGGCGGGUCAACGAGCUCUUGGCUAACGCGAGAGCCGAGCAUACACGACAUGUUCAGAAUCUCACACGCGCGGCUCGACAUGCUCCAUCACCCACCGUCUACUCACCGACGUUGCCAUUCCUUCUUCCUACACCUGUAAUACCAGAGCCUGCUCCCGCUGCUCAGCACCCCGCGCAUCCUCAACCAAAGAAGCCAGCCGGACCAUCUCCACCACGCAGUUGGGUUUCCCAUUCUUCUCCCUCUAAUCCGGGUGUCGACCUCCUUUCAGCAGCCCCGAUCAGCUGUAGCCUUCGCAGAGAGCUGUUGAGCUCCGUGUUCCGUCGCUUACCAACGCCGUGGAAUGUGGAGGAAUUCCUCACACUCGUGGACUGGUGUCUCCUCAGCUUACUCGACCCCUUCGACGCCGACGCGAUCUUUGAUCUUCCUGCACACCUCCGGCGGAGGCUCGUCCGUCUCGCAGCACUCCGAUGCCCGUUAACCCGGGAACAGCUCGAAGUAUGUUGGGGAGAUGGCUAUUCUGGUACAGGAGGGGAGGCGAUUAUCAUCGGGCGAGAGGCAUAUGGUGCUCUUCGACAACUUUUGCAUGCGUUACGCCGCGCGAGUGAAGCUCCUGCGCCAGAAGAGGCCUGGGAUACGCCUCUCCACCUUCUUGCGGCUCCACCGAUACCGGUGCUUCACACGUUGGUGCUGGUCAAGACCCCCCUUCCAUCACUCGCACUCCUACCGCGUACGCUGACCCACCUGUCGCUGGUGAGAUGCACCUUCGACUCAAUACGAACAGCCCGCAACCUUCCGAAGUCGCUUCCGCUGCUGGAAUGGAUCGAGGUGAACGAAUGUGAGGGUAUAGAUGGGGCUUGGUUUGAGGGAGUGGACUGGGGUCGGUGGGCAGGGCUCGUAGGAGUGAGGCUCGUGCCUGCCCCGCUAGAAGGAUUAGUGGUGGAUGGUGGUGUGCCAAGAGUAAGGGAGAAGGAGAACUGGCAAGAGAGGGUGAGGAAGAGGAUCGAGAAUGGAAGGAUGGGGGAGGUGGAGAUUUGCUUUGACUAACAUGUUGAGAAUAUCAAUGGAUAUCUUAAGUAAAAGACGUCAAGAGAUUGCGU